AUGGUCGAUAGUGGUGUCCCCCAGGGUUCAGUUCUAGGACCCAUUUUGUUCCUUAUCUACGUGGACGAUGCCGCAAGAGAUUUGGUCUGUGAAGUAGCAAUGUUUGCGGACGACAUGAAGAUAUGGAGUGUAAUUCGUGGUCCUGCCGAUGAAGACAGACUGCAGAUGAACCUGAAUCGGUUGGUGGAGUGGUCAAACCGUUGGCUCCUGCGGUUCAACGUUGCCAAAUGUAGCAUACUUCGCCUAGGCAACACAGCCAGAUCCGCCAACACAAGAGGCUACUUUCUGGGCGGUGCAGCCCAACAAGAGGUCGAAGCCCAAAAGGAUCUCGGUGUGCUUACGACGAGUUCCCUAAAACCAUCCGCCCACUGUUCGAGGGUGGCAAAAACCGCAAUGUCCGUACUGUACUGUCCGUACUUUGACGAAGAAGCCUUCUCUAAGACAUUCAGAACAUUCGUCCGGCCGCAUUUAGAGUACGGCAUACAAGCUUGGAGGCCGUGGGGUGUUGUGGAUCAAAACUGCCUCGAAAGAGUCCAGAGGAGAGCCACGAAGAUGGUCAGGGGUCAAAGCUCCUUUCCUUAUGCGACCCGCCUAGUAAAUCUGAACCUCUUUCCUUUGAGAUACAGGCAACUUCGCGGAGAUCUCUUGCAAGCCUUCCGCAUUGUAAAGGAGUUGGAUUGCAGUCUGGCCUUCGAGGAAUUUUUUGAAUUUGCUACCACGACAAACCUCCGAGGUCACCCGUUAAAACUGCGCACUCAGCAGGCACGGCUGGAUGUGCGGAAGUUCUCCUUCUCGGUUCGGAAGGUCAAACCGCGGAAUGAGCUUCCCGCAGAUGUUGUGGUGUCACCAUCUGUACAAAGUUUUAAGAAGAACCUGGACAUAUUUAUGUUCCGAAAUGACCAAGAGCGAUGAGAAGUAGAGCUCACCCCCCUGUAACUCCUUCUCAUUUUGUCCCACCAUUAUGGGCGUGUUCGAACUAUUUCAGCGCAGAACAUCUAACUGUACACCACGAAUUUUUUGCGUUGCAAAUAGGGUACUCAAAGGCUUACGCCUAUUUCCCUCAAUAAACUGAACUGAACUGAACUGAAUUGCCUUCCGUCAGAGCAUCCAGAAGAACACAAUUCAUAUGCACUUUCCAGCAUUUAGCACAGAUAACUUAGUAGCUGAACUAUAAUGUAUUAACGUAUUCUAAAAUUCGACCAAACAUAUUGCCGUCUGACAAAAAAAAAAUUACAUACACAUUCUGGCAGCAUUUUAAUAGUUUAAGUUUAUCAGCUGUUAUUUAUUAUUUUAAGCGGUUGCGUCAAAUAAUUUUGCCAAUCCAGGGUGAGCUGAUGGGAUCGUUUAUAUAUUUAAUUUUAAAAUUUAUGAAUUUUUUCUGUGUGUUAUUUCUUCUCGCGACUAUAAUAAUGACAUAAAAAAUGUUGCAUUUUAAGCGAAAUACCAAAGACCCCCUACUUAAGUCAAUGUUAACAUGACAUAUAUUUUUGUAUGUGAUAUAAAUGUCAGUAUGAUAAUGUCGUGCAUCGAAAUGUUCGGUCAGCUAACUGUGAAUUCAUACUCGAAAAGUCCAAACGCAAUAAAAAAAACCUUAUUACUUAAAUUGAAUUCCAUUGCUAAGGCGCCGACCUCUACUAUAUUUCACUAUCAGCUGUAUUAAACGCGAAAAAGGAGGAGUUGAGGGUCCCACAGUGACGCGAGAAGAUCUGAUAUGACAAGGGGAACAAAAACUGCAAAUAGUCAGGCGUCCGCACGCGCAUUUCUUUCGGUAAGUGGACACGAGGGGUAACAUCGAUGAUCGGCCUUGUUUGGCCUCUUCCUCGGCCCGUUCACAGCCCCUCGCAGUCCGUCAUAGCCUUCUCGUGAGGCGAGACUGUGAGGUGGCACGGGGAAGCUGAUUCUGGCAGAACAAUGUCCAGCGUCUUACCCAAAUUGGUGAAACUGAAUGUUGUCGUGUGCUGGUAUACACGGUGGGAUUCAAGAACUCGUCGGGGACUCAAUAGUUGUCGGAGCGUCAAUAUCUCCUUGGGGCCUACCUUUGUUGGUUAUCACACUUCGGCCAUAGACAGCUUUGAAUUGGCUUUAUUAAGAAAACGUUGAAGAUGGUUUACGGAAUGAAACUUUUUUUCUUAAUCAGACGUUUCUCGCAAGUCGUCUCCUUCCUGCUUGUGAUUAGGUACCAUGCUCACGGAGCCUCAGUUAUCCGAAGCCCUUUUUGUCUCCUAAAUUUUGUCAGAUCACGAAAUUGACCUAGGGCACCCGCAUAUGCAAUAAGCACUAACUCUACUGCAACAGCAAUUUUCGCAGGGGAGGAAUAUCAACUAUCACUGCAUAGGCUUAGGUGUUCCGCACGCUCGACUGACUACUUGUCAAAUUAAAAGUGCCGUUUUAUAGCUCAUUUCUUCGUCUGGCCACAGAAAAAUUGUUAUCCCCACGAAAAACGAAUAAAAACGAAGUCGUAUGCAUUCUCCUGUACUGUUUAUUCAAUUCUAUGCAGAUAUCACAGACACACAAAUUUCUGUUUUAAUCCAAGUGCUCCUUUUUCAUUUAACGGACGUUUGCCCACGUCUUUACCGCAUUUAACCUAACAAACGUUUUUUCUUUGUUCUAAUAUCAAAUAUAGCUGUUCUAGCAGACGACUUACCGUUUUGAGUUACGAAAACUUGUAGCCCAGCCACUUUUGCACUAGUGUUUUUUUUCUCGUAUCUUUUUAGUUCGGUGACUGCUCUGUGA